GCGGCGGAAGCGGCCUCCUUUUCGCCCGGGCGGCGCGGCUCAAGAUGGCGGUGCAGAUCUCCAAGAAGCGAAAGUUUGUCGCUGACGGCAUCUUCAAAGCUGAAUUGAAUGAAUUUCUGACUCGAGAGUUGGCGGAAGAUGGCUACUCUGGAGUGGAGGUCAGAGUUACCCCAACGAGGACAGAAAUCAUCAUCCUCGCAACCAGAACUCAGAAUGUUCUGGGCGAGAAAGGGCGCCGCAUCCGAGAGCUGACCGCCGUCGUACAGAAGCGGUUCGGCUUUCCCGAAGGAAGCGUGGAGCUGUAUGCCGAGAAGGUGGCCACGCGAGGCCUGUGCGCCAUCGCCCAAGCCGAGUCCCUGCGCUACAAGCUUCUGGGGGGGCUGGCGGUGCGUAGGGCGUGUUACGGGGUCCUCCGCUUCAUCAUGGAAAGCGGAGCCAAGGGCUGCGAAGUGGUGGUCUCGGGGAAGCUUCGGGGGCAGCGAGCCAAGUCCAUGAAGUUUGUUGACGGCCUGAUGAUCCACAGUGGAGACCCCGUCAACUACUACGUCGACACGGCGGUGCGCCAUGUCCUACUCAGGCAGGGCGUGCUGGGCAUUAAAGUGAAGAUCAUGCUGCCCUGGGACCCCAGCGGGAAGAUUGGGCCCAAGAAGCCCCUGCCGGACCACGUCAGCAUCGUGGAGCCCAAGGAUGAGAUCCUGCCCACCACCCCCAUCUCGGAGCAGAAAGGCGCGAAGCCUGAGCAGCCCCCCAUGCCCCAGCCAGUUCCCACGGCAUAAAGAGAAGGUUUUCCAACAUCUGGUGC